AUGGAAGCAAGAUCUUCCAUUUCCUUGUCAGUGAUGCCAUCUUCUGGUUUUUCAGGGGUCUCUUCUUCAACUGAACUACUUUUAAAUGUGAACAUACUGGCUCGGCUUCCUAACAGAUUACAAAAAGGAACCAACUAUCAUUAUCAUUAUUGAUAGUAGUGGUAGUAGUGGUAGUAGUGGAAGUGGUAGUGGUGGAGGUGGUGGUGGUGGUGGUAGUGGUAGUGGUAGUGGUAGUGGUAGUGGUAGUGGUAGUGGUAGUGGUAGUGGUAGUGGUAGUGGUAGUGGUAGUGGUAAUGGUAGUGAUAGUGGUAGUGGUAGUGGAAGUGGUAGUGGUAGUGGUAGUAGCAGU